ACUGUGUCAUUUAGAUUCCAUAGUAAAUUCCAUUUAUCGAUAGCCUACUACACAGCCCAGAGAUAACGCCAAUAUAAGUCAUAGACUCUAUUCCAUUUUAAUUCCCAGCGAUUCUACCAGAAUAACCUAUUGGUAGGUAAUUUACUUGAUGACCUAGGGCUGUCAGCUGGCUGGCUCGUGCAUGCUAUUGCCAAUGCUAGCCUACAGCAUGGCCACCGGAGCCUCGGUAGUUCAUGGUCUACCUUUAGCCGGCUAGGUAGCCUGGAUGCCAGUGGUGUAGAUAUUUGAACUACCAAAAAUAAAUUAGUCAAAGAGCAAAACACCAAAGUUGGCAGUCAUGCCAUGGAGAACUACUCCCCUUCAGGAUGCCACUAAUCACAUCCUUGCAGGAAGAGACAAGAAUGCAAUGUUAGAAAUCAAAUAUAUUAAUCCAGUUAAAGGUCGUGGUAUCUUCACUUCAGCUGUUUUCAAUCAAGGAGACUUUGUGGUGGAGUAUAGAGGGGAGCUCAUUGAUGCAGCUGAGGCUGAACAUAGGCGUAAACUGUACCACAGUGCAUGUUCAAUCUUCAUGUUUGACUUCAUAUGGAAGCGGAAGACAUGGUGUAUUGAUGGAGCACUUGAAGAUGGAUCAUUUGGACGACUGGUAAACGAUGAGCACAAGUCACCAAAUUGCAGAAUGAAGUUGAUUGAAGCAGGAGGGAAGCCACAUAUGUGCCUUUUUGCACUGAAGGAAAUUGCGUCCGGAACUGAAAUCACCUAUGACUAUGGUGGGAAGGAAUGGCCCUGGCGCAAAAAGGUUCCCCUUACUGUUACAAGCACUGCUGCUCAAGAGUCUAUUAAAGACAGUUUCCAAGACCAAAUCAUGGCAUCCACAGUCUUUAUUGAAGAGACCAGAGAGAGACCAGAAGUCCAGUCCUGCAAUAUGACACCAGGCAGUUCAGCUUGUGAGACACAGCUCAGUGGUGCAAGCUUCCCUUCUGGCCAACACUCCAUUGCAGAGCUUGGUGACGAUGCCCAUGACUUGGAAGCCAAUGUUUUCUCUUCAGACUUAUACAGAGAUGCCGAAUUGAGAGCAGAGUGUCAGUCAUUUAUUCCCACACCAGACAGCCCUGCACAUGAGGUGCACUGUGUCAGGGGCCAGUGUAGCACUUCGACUGCAAACGAGGGGAUUGGAGAAGUUAGUGUCCAGCCGCAGGAGGUGUCACCCCCUGUGUUCUCAACAGACUUUGCCAGUGAGACCAAAUCGAUAUUGGAAUGCCAAUCAUCCAGAUCCACACCAAACGACUCUGCAUGUGAGUGUACAAUUCAUCAGCUGGUUUUUGAAAUGGUGAGAAUUGACGAAUGCUGGAUAUGCCAUUCACCUUUGACAUCUAUCAGAUGGUGCGGUCUAAGAUGCAAACAAUGCUGUGGUGUGUGGCAUAGAAACUGCCUCCAGAAAUCCUCAGAAGACUGGGAUAUAGAUGAUGAUGUAACAUUAGCAUCUGAUGAUGAGUACAUCCCAGAGUCUGUAUCGGAUUCAGAAAGCUCAGGGACAGAGUUGAGUGUUGAGUUGCCUGAAACAUCCAAAACGUCCCAUACCACUAACAUGCCUGAUUUAGACGAUACUUUUGCUGAACAAGAACACAUGAAUACACAGGAUAUCUGUAAGAAUUUCCUGGUAGAUGUAGAAACUAUCGGUGAUCUCCUAAGUGACCCCAAACCAGAACCAGAAAGCUCAGAGUCAAACAUGCAGAAAACAGGAGAUGUGAGUACCGAAAAGGGUACGGUGGAUGUUCUUAGCCAAAGUAAAUCCACAACCAAAUCAGGAAAACUCCUUAAAAGCCAUGUCAAUUAUUGUUUCCUAUGUGGAAAACCUCAAACAAACUUUGCACGUCAUCUCGAGAGGCAUGCACAUGAAAAUGCUGAAAUUGCUCAGGCACUCCAGUUCCCCAAAUCCUCAAAGGACAUAAAGGUUCUUCUUGAAAAAUUCCGAAACCUUGGCAACUUCAAGCAUAACUCAGUCGUUAAAACCACAGGAUCAGGCUGUCUUAAAGUGAAAAGGAGUUCCAAACAGAGCAGCAGCUCUGAGACGUAUGAUUACUGCUUGUACUGUAAGGGUAUGAUAUCCAGAAAAGAACUUUCUCGACAUAUGAAAAGAUGUGCUCUGAGACCCGAGAAUAAUGUUGAAGAGGGACCCGAGUUGAGAGAGAGAGUCUUUGGCAUAGCAUCUGCUCAAUCUACAAUGUCCCAGCCAAUUUCAAGUGAACUUUGGUCAGUGCUGGGCAAAAUGCACAAGGAUGCAGUGUCCUCUGCAGUAAGGAAUGAUCAUUAUCUCAUGCAGUUUGCCCAGUCCCUCUUUAAUAAACAUGGGAGUGACAGAUCAAAGCAUGAGUAUAUAAGACAGAAAGUAAGGGAACUUGGGAGAUUACUUGUGACUUUGCGCCACACAACUAGAAUCCAUAACAUGGAAGAGGCAAUAAAACCAGGCAACUUCUUCAUUCUUACUAGUGCUGUCAAGAGAGUUUCUGGUUUUGAUCACCAAAACAACACAUUCAAAGCCCCAAGUUUGGCCCUGAAAAUUGGGCAUUCUCUCAGAAAGAUAAGUGACCUCAUGAUGUGUCGUGCCCUCAUGGAAGAGGACCAAGAGGGGAUCGAUUCCAUCAAGAGGUUUCAUACACUUCAGAAAACAAAGUGGUCUGAAUUAGUUUCCCAUUCUGCCUUAUCAAACCUGAGCGAGGCCAAAUGCAACAAGAGCACCAGGCUUCCACUGGCCAAAGACGUUCAGAAGCUACAGUUACAUCUUGGUCAGCAAGUGGAAUUGGCUAAGGAGAAACUAGCCGAUAAUCCAGGUGAAGUGGCGCGAAUGACUGUAAAAAAUGUUGAAGAUCGUGACAUGUCACAACUUAACGAUGACAUAAGCACUGGGCUUACAGAAGUUGAGAGGAGACUUUGCAAACAAUUCGCCAGAGUGGAAUUGAGGGGGGAAAAAGGACGAAAUAUUGCGGUGAUCCUGACUCCUGAUAUGACCGCUAACCUGUCACCCCUCAUUAGUAAGAGGAAAGAGUGUGGAGUUACUGAAAACAACGAUUACCUCUUCGCUGUUCCUUGUAGUCUUGGUCACUACAGAGGGCAGUUUGGUCAAUUUGCAGAUGCUUGUGGAGCCGAAGAUCCUCAAAACCUCAGAUCAACUAACCUUCGCAAACAGAUCGCCACAAUAAGCCAAGUCAUGAACUUGAAAGAUAAUGAACUGGACCAGCUGGCCGAUUUUCUCGGCCAUGACAUUAGGGUGCAUAUAGAGUACUAUCGACUGCCCCAAUCAACAAUUCAGCUGGCUAAGAUCUCAAAACUGCUUAUGGCUAUGGAGAAGGGAAGUGUGAAGGAUAUUCAAGGAAAAUCUCUUGAUGGAAUCGGUGAAGAUAUGGAUACAGGAUCACAGCAACUCCCCGAUGUUUCCACUCUGCAAGACAAUGAAGAAAUAUUGGCUUCUGGCGCUUUUGGAUCGCCUCACCUCUCCGAGACCGCAGCUCAAGACAAUGAAGUAAUGUUGGCUUCUGGAACUUGUGGAUCGCCUCACCUCUCUGAGACCGCAGCUCAAGAUGACCUGUGGAACUCUGUCUGUGUGACUUCUAGUUCACCUCAUCUCCCUGACUCAGUCACUCAAGGUUUCCGUGUUUCAUCAAGACGGUGUGUGAAGAGACCAUGGUCUAAGGAGGAGAUACAAGCUGUGAUGAAACAUAUGAGGCCUUUUAUUGAAAACGGUGUCACUCACCAGUGAGCAGUGCCUGAAGUGCAAGGAAAAGGAACACCCUGUGUUGGAGACAAGAUCCAUUCAAAACAUUCGAGAUUUUGUACGCAACAGAGGCUUGACUUUUAAAAGGCAUUCAAAGGCUAAACACUAAAUGCACUUUCGGCUAGCCUGAGACUUGGGUCUAAU